AUGGAAGCACUUGUCAGCGUUCCCCUGGCAACGGCCUUGGAGCCUCGGUUUACUCGUCCAGAAAGUGGGGGCGAUGAUGAUCGUGGCCUCUACCAGACUAGAGAGAUCGGGCACCUGACCUUGAGCAGCUCCCUAACCGGCUUCAUCAAAGGUUCCAACCAGAGUGAGCGAGUAGGGGCAGAGCAGCAGAAGAAGCGGUCAGAGUCACAGAGGAAGCAGGUGGCAGAGAUCGGCCAGGACUUGCAUAGGCCGAGUCCUCAAAGAAGAGCCUCUAAUGGAAGCUGCAGGCCGGGGCCACACUGUGCUUUGCCUCCAGCAGGGAAGACUGUGGGCUACGCUUGCACGAGGGAAUUCCACUGCCAUCAGGAAAUAUUUACAGAGCACCUACUACCUUCCAGGCACCACUGCAGAAACCACGGCCGGAGCCGGGGACAAACAUGGCCCCCUGCCCACGGAGCGAGCAGGAUGCAAACGAGCAGGUGCUUUACCGUCGGCCUCCCGGCCCCAAAACGGCUGCUGAACUUCCACUCAUCACCACUGCAUUUAAAGGCAGGAAAUGCUGGUGCGGGUGUGUUGGGGUCAGGGCAUGGAGCGAAUUCUCACAACCUUCUCCCUUUCUAUAAGAAAGAAAAUCUUCCCCAGAAGCAACUUCUGCAGAUUCGUUUUUCUGUCUUAUUGGCCAGAAAGGAGCCACGUGCCCACCUGUACAUCAGGGACCAUCUGACCUUCCCUGAGAUGAAGCCAUUCUCACCUAAUAGAUACCUGGACAAACAGAGGUUCUGUCCAGAAGGAAUAAAGAGUGUGGCUCUGGGUAGGCAACAGACAGUGCCCGGCACAAUCUCUAUCAUUUACAGGCUGAUGACUAGAAAAGUCGCUUAGCAUCUCUGAGACUCAGCUUCCUCAUCUGUAAAAUGGGUCCAUCUUACAGAUGAGGACACCGAGGCUCAGAGAGGUGUGGUGAGGGGGUCCCUCAUCAUGUAGCUGGUAAGCAAGGAGACAUGGGAUGGGAAGCCAUCAAGGUUCCGAUUAGACAAGUGACAUAAACUGGCUUUACAAGGGUGCCUCUGGCUGCUUUAUAAGGAAGAACGUUUUAGGGGGUCAAUGGGCAGGGCAGAAACAGUGGGGAGCAGUGGGGAAACCAUUGAUUGCAGCAGAGUGCAGGGGGAGGGGAAGGGGCUCCAGGGUGGUAGCUGUGGGCUUUCUCAUCCCAGUAGCUUCUUUGGGACCCAGCAUAGAGCCAGAGAGAGCCGGGGUGUGGAAUAAAUACCCAGUGAAUGAAGGCGUGAGGAAGGGAGAGAGCACAUGACACAAUUCGGGCAGGAGGGAACCAGACAUCCCACGUCUUUGUUGACUGUAGCCUGGGUGAUUUGCACGGUGCCUGCCGCACGGGGAUGCUUCGGUGUUGGGCGGAUAAGUGAGCCAAGUUCGAGGUAGGGAGAUAGGACGAAAAGAGGAAGAAGAAGAGAAAGGAGGGAGAGAGAGGGAAGGGAGAGAGAAAAGGAAGUGGAGGAGGAGAAUGGAAGGGGAAGGAAGCUCCCCUGCAUGGAUAACGACGGUAACUUGGCGACCUCUGCUGGCCAGGACGGCCACUCGUCUGGGCUCAGGAAAGGGGAAUUGGGUCCUUUGGAGUUGUGGCACUCUGAAUUCAGGACUCAAGGAGGAGAUUCCCAGGGCCCUGUCAGCUGG